CUCCACCAACCCUCAGCUACCAUCCGGAGCCUCCUAUUAGACAACCAAGUGUGUGUUGGAGGGAGGAACCAGAGAGAGGGGACGAAGUUUAAUCAUUGAACCAAGCAGGCUGGAAGUAUUUAGUCUGCAGCACCUGGCUCCCCGGGAGGUCUCUCAGCUUGAACUGGAAGUGUGUAGCACUUCAGAGUCUUGGGAGUAAGCACCGCACAGAAAUCUCUGCCCAUCUCAGGGGGAAUCAAACUUGGAGAAAAUGUUUGCUGUACACUUGAUGGCAUUUUACUUCGCCAAGCUGAAGGAGGAUCAGAUCAAGAAGGUGGACAGGUUCCUGUAUCACAUGCGGCUCUCUGAUGACACCCUUUUUGACAUCAUGGCGCGGUUCCAGACCGAAAUGGAGAAGGGCCUGGCGAAGGACACCAACCCCACAGCCUCGGUGAAGAUGCUGCCUACCUUUGUCAGGGCCAUUCCAGAUGGCUCGGAAAACGGGGAGUUCCUUUCCCUGGAUCUGGGAGGGUCCAAGUUUCGGGUUUUGAAGGUGCAAGUCGCCAAGGAGGGGAAGCGGCAAGUCCAGAUGGAGAGUCAGUUCUACCCGAUGCCCAAUGAGAUCAUCCGUGGGAAUGGCACCGAGCUGUUUGAAUACUUAGCCGACUGUCUGGCAGAUUUCAUGAAGACCAAAAAUCUGAAACACAAGAAACUGCCCCUUGGCCUAACCUUUUCCUUCCCUUGCAAACAAACUAAAUUGGAAGAGGGUAUCCUGCUUUCGUGGACGAAGAAGUUCAAGGUGCGAGGAGUUCAGGACAUAGAUGUCGUGAGCCACCUGACCAAAGCCAUAAAAAAACACAAGGACAUAGACGUAGACAUCUUGGCCUUGGUCAAUGACACGGUGGGGACCAUGAUGACGUGUGCCUAUGACGAUCCCUCCUGCGAAGUUGGUGUCAUCAUUGGAACUGGCACCAAUGCGUGUUACAUGGAGGACAUGAGCAACAUUGACCUGGUGGAGGGCGACGAGGGACGCAUGUGCAUCAACACAGAGUGGGGAGCCUUUGGGGACGACGAGGCCUUGGAAGACAUCCGCACCGAGUUUGACAGGGAGCUGGACCUCGGCUCUCUCAACCCGGGAAAGCAACUGUUCGAGAAGAUGAUCAGCGGCCUCUACCUGGGGGAGCUCGUCAGGCUCAUUCUGCUGAAGAUGGCCAAGACUGGCCUCCUGUUUGGUGGCAAGAAAUCCUCCGCGCUCCACACCAAGGGCAAGAUCGAGACACGGCACGUGGCUGCCAUGGAGAAGUAUAAAGAAGGCCUUGCCAACACGCGAGAGAUCCUGACGGACCUGGGCCUGGAGCCGUCCGACGCCGACUGCAUCGCUGUCCAGCACGUCUGCACCAUCGUCUCCUUCCGCUCGGCCAAUCUCUGCGCGGCGGCCCUGGCGGCCAUCCUGACCCGCCUCCGGGAGAACAAGAAGCUGGCGCGACUCCGGACCACGGUGGGCGUGGACGGAACCCUCUACAAGACACACCCUCAGUACCCAAAACGCCUGCACAAGGUGGUGAGGAAACUGGUCCCAAACUGUGAUGUCCGCUUCCUCCUGUCGGAGAGUGGCAGCACCAAGGGGGCUGCGAUGGUGACCGCAGUGGCCUCCCGCAUGCAGGCCCAGCGGAAGCAGAUCAACCGGGUGCUGGCUUUGUUCCAGCUGACCCGAGAGCAGCUUGUGGACGUGCAGGGCAAGAUGCGGGCUGAGCUUGAGUACGGGCUGAAGAGGAAGACCCACUCGGUGGCCACAGUCAAGAUGCUGCCUACCUACGUUUGUGGGCUGCCAGAUGGCACAGAGAAAGGAAAGUUCCUUGCCCUGGAUCUGGGGGGGACCAACUUCCGGGUCCUCCUGGUAAGGAUCAGAAGUGGGCGGAGGUCCGUGCGGAUGUACAACAAGAUCUUCGCCAUCCCCCUGGAGAUCAUGCAGGGCACCGGCGAGGAGCUCUUUGACCACAUUGUGCAGUGCAUCGCCGACUUCCUGGACUACAUGGGCCUCAAGGGAGCCCCGCUGUCCCUGGGCUUCACGUUCUCAUUCCCCUGCAGGCAGACGAGCAUCGACAAGGGAACACUCAUAAGGUGGACCAAAGGCUUCAAGGCCACUGACUGUGAAGGGGAGGACAUGGUGGACAUGCUCAGGGAAGCCAUCAAGAGGAGAAAUGAGUUUGACCUGGACGUAGUUGCACUCGUGAAUGACACAGUAGGGACCAUGAUGACCUGUGCCUAUGAAGAUCCUAAUUGCGAGAUUGGCCUGAUUGCCGGUAAGUGGUCCAAACUACCCAUUGACUUAAACCCCUUCUCCUAUCAUGCUGUCUUCUGCAAUACAUUGGUGCCCUCCCAACGUUACCCAUCUUUCCCUAACAGAUAUGAGAAAAUGACCAGUGGGAUGUACCUGGGGGAGAUCGUACGGCAGAUCCUGAUUGACCUGACCAAGCAGGGUCUCCUCUUCCGAGGGAAGAUUUCAGAACGCCUCCGGACCAGAGACAUCUUCGAAACUAAGUUUCUGUCCCAGAUCGAAAGUGACCGGCUGGCCCUCCUUCAGGUCAGGAGGAUCCUGCAGCAGCUGGGCCUGGACAGCACGUGUGAAGACAGCAUCGUAGUAAAGGAAGUGUGCGGAGCUGUGUCCCAGCGGGCGGCCCAGCUCUGUGGUGCUGGCCUGGCUGCCAUUAUGGAAAAAAGGAGGGAAGACCAGGGGCUCGAGCACCUAAAGAUCACUGUAGGUGUGGACGGUACCCUGUACAAGCUGCACCCUCAUUUUUCUCGGAUACUGCAGGAAACUGUGAAAGAACUAGCCCCUCAAUGUGAUGUGACAUUCUUGCUAUCAGAAGAUGGCAGUGGAAAGGGAGCAGCUCUGAUCACUGCUGUGGCCAAGAGGUUACAGCAGCUGCAGAAGGAGAACUAGUAGCCCCCUGGGUCGGGCCCAGUGCACCUUGGAUAACGACCAGCCUUUCCUCUGGCAGAUGAGUUGGUUAGAGACCAGCACGCGACCUCUCAGCUGACUUCAUCUCCAGGAUG